CCUUGUUCCCCACUCUCUCAACCCCACAGAUGUGCUGGGCCCUAGCCCCUGCCCCAGCUAUGGCUGCUGGGGCUCCCUCAUCCAUCCCCAGCCCUAUCCUGGCUGUGCUGCUCUUCUCUUCUUUGGUGCUGUCCCCGGCCCAGGCGAUUGUGGUUUACACGGACAGGGAGGUUUAUGGUGCUGUGGGCUCCCGGGUGACCCUGCACUGCUCCUUCUGGUCCAGUGAGUGGGUCUCAGAUGAUAUCUCCUUCACCUGGCGCUACCAGCCCGAGGGCGGCCGAGAUGCCAUUUCGAUCUUCCACUAUGCCAAGGGACAACCCUAUAUCGAUGAGGUGGGGACCUUCAAAGAGCGCAUCCAGUGGGUAGGGGACCCUCGCUGGAAGGAUGGCUCCAUUGUCAUACACAACCUAGACUACAGUGACAACGGCACUUUCACUUGUGAUGUCAAAAACCCACCAGACAUAGUGGGCAAGACCUCUCAGGUCACUCUCUACGUCUUUGAAAAAGUGCCAACCAGGUACGGGGUGGUGCUGGGAGCCGUGAUCGGGGGUGUCCUCGGGGUGGUGCUGUUGCUGCUUCUGCUUUUCUACCUGGUUCGGUACUGCUGGCUACGAAGGCAGGCGGCCCUGCAGAGGCGGCUCAGCGCCAUGGAGAAAGGGAAAUUGCACAAGCCUGCAAAAGACACAACGAAGCGCGGGCGGCAGACGCCAGUGCUGUACGCCAUGCUGGACCACAGCAGAAGCACCAAAGCUGCCAGUGAGAAGAAGUCCAAGGGGCUGGGGGAGUCUCGCAAGGAUAAGAAAUAGCGGUUAGCGGGCCGGGCGGGGGGUCGGGGGUUACGGGCUGAGCCCUCCAAAGGCCCUCAGGUGGUGGUCAUUGAGAUGGAGCUACGAAAGGAUGAGCAGAGUUCGGAGCUCCGGCCUGCUGUCAAGUCCCCCAGCAGAACCAGCCUCAAGAACGCCCUCAAGAACAUGAUGGGCCUGGACUCAGACAAGUGAUCACCACCACCCCAGGCCCUGCGGGAGCAGGGGGACCUAGGCUCCUCUUAUCCCCCGUCUAGGUGCUUUCCUCCCUUGCUCCCCAGCCCUGCCCUGCCCUCACCUCCCUUUGAGAUGUAAGUUUCGUUCCAAAAUUCAUUCCCCAGGCACUUGUAUUCUCCCCCAACUUCACCCCCUGGCUUUCUGGGAGCCCAGGGGCUGAUCCAUCCUCCCCCCCGCCCCAAGGGCUGUGUGUUUGGUGCCUGUCCCUAAGGCACUGAGAAGAAAGGGACCUUGAUACCCCCUGCCUCAACUCCAGGCCACCUGGCAUUCUCAUCCCCUGUACCCCCAGCCUGUCCCUCUGGCUCUUUCCUCCUCUUCUGUCCCUCCCUCUCGUCCAUCAAAUGGCCCAGCUCCAUACUCUGUCCUCCCAGCUAACAUUCAGAUCAUCCAGGGUUUAUUUACAUUGCUGAUUAUUUUUUAUUUUUAAUCCAUUAUUUGUUUGUUUACCUUUGCUCAUGUUCUGCCCUUACCCCCAUGACUGAGGACCAAUGACGUCAUGUGACUUUUGCAAUUCUCCAUCCCCCAUUGAGUCUUUAAUGGAGAGCCAGCCCAAGCAGAGAGGACCCUGAUCCUCAAACCUCAGCUACAGGAUUGGUGCCCCCUGACCACUUUGGAACACUGUUCUGGGACUCAAGGUCUUGGGGAAGGAGAGAGAGAGACAGUGGAUCCUCAUAGGUCAGGGGGUGGAGGAGGGGGCAAAUGAGCCUUAAUAAAUGGCUUUUAAACAACCAAAUAGAAAGCAGAAAAAGCAAAUAAAAUACAGGGGGGCAGAGAGAAGAAAGAGGCUGCACUCUGGCCACAGGAGAUUCUUAGGAUUUUUCUACAUUCUGUAUAUUUCUUCUCAAAACUCCAAAUGUUCUUAAAUGUUUAAUAAACACUGACAUUUCCAGAG